UGCCCGGGAUGGCAGGAAAUGAAAUGGUGGGCGGGGCCGCGGCGGUGUACGAGGCCAUGCAGACAGUGCUGGGUAGCUUUAAGUGUGAUGUGUGGUAAAUUUUCAACAGAUUUUGUUAGCUAUGUGGUUCAACUCUCUAUGCACACAAGGAAAACCAUACAUAAUGUACUCAUUUGAAAGAUCAAAGCCUCAUCCUUAUGACGUGAAUGAAGUAUUUUUCAUUCCACAAUGAAAGUUUUUGAGCAAUUGCAAAUUGAAAAUGUUUAUCAAAACUGGUUGGUGUCUUGUAAUGAGAGGUUAUAACACUUCGUUUUUUCGUGAUUCAUAUCGAAUUUGAAUGUGCCAUAGCAAAAAUCCACCUCCCUGUGCUUUGUUUAACAUGUUUCAUUUGAGGAUUAUCUCUCUUGGCAAACAAACAUUUAAAAUAUCUGCAGUUUUUCAACCUUCCUUUGGACGGCCUGCCGCAGAAAAAAAAUUGAAACGUCAGCUCAUUCAAUAAACUUUCAACACAAACUCAUACAUAGAUUUCGACUGAACCACAUCUAUUGUAAAGAACGAGUCCUCCACUUUAAUAUCAAAUACUUUUGAUAUUCUAAAUAUCCCAUUAAUGUUGUUCCUUGGCUUCUUGUUCGUGUCUUCUUGCAGCUCUAAAUUACAGAUAAGUGUCGUGACAGCGACUUGCAAACAUUCUGUCUGUCAAAACUGCAGACCUGGGAAAGAAAAGAAUUCUCUUUGCCCUUUGUGCAAUGAUUGCAUCUCUUCUGAUGAGAAAACACAAGCUUGUGCCACCAUGGAGCGGUCCUCCCAACCUGUUUUGAGAAUCAAGGGACCCCGAGUUCUAGCCGACACAGUAAAGAAAUCAGACAAGAGUUUGAAUUCUUCCUCGCGCAGAAGCUUUGCAAAGAAAUCUUCUAGUCAUUAUAUUCAAGAUCUUCGAACCACUAAUGCAAAGUUAGCACAUUUCCUUGCUGCCGAAAAAUCAAAAUAUUGUGCCCUUGCUAGGAAAUAUAGAGAAAAUAAUAAGGUUCAUGCUCAUCAACAGGCUGAAUUUAGAACCCUUUCUAGGGGUAUUAAAUCUGGAAUCAAAUUUUUGAUGAAUUCAGUUGAAUCAAUGUUUGAAGGAAUUCAGAUUCUUUCAGAAGUGAAUGACAAAAUUAACAGAUUAUGGCCUGAAUCAGCAGAUACAGUUACACCUCAAACGUCAGUUGCAGACGUAAAUGCUCUGUGUACGUCAAGUAGUUCAACAGCACCCACAGUUGGUGACAAUCGGUCUGUCGCAUCACAAACUGUUCCCCCUCCAAAGACAAAUGUGUCAUCACCAAGGCACGGUACUGUUAUGCCAAUGGUGAAGGGUCAAGUCAUAUCUAAGCCAACUAUUUCCCUACGAAGAGUUAAUGUGCCCCUUGGAUUAUCAAAUAGAAACAGGGUCCAGCUGCCACAUACUAGAGGCACCUUUGUUGAUAACAUUGUUGAGCCAAAUCGAUUGAGCAUUGUUUCUGAGGAGGUAAAUGAAUCAAGGCAAGAGCCUGCGAACAGCAACCAUAUGCCCUCGACUUCUUCACAUGGCUCUACAGGCGUUGCCUUUGGAAGGUUGGGAUACUCCGCUGCACAUGAUGAUACCUUACCUCUAUCGCAUCUCAAGAAGGUUUGUUUCAAGAGUCCACCUAAAGGAAAGCAGAACACAACGCCUCCUCUUGAUGCAUCUAGAAGCAGUACUGAUUCUAAUGAGUAUGAAACUGAAUCCAGUUCUGAGGAUGAAGGGCUGGCAUUGCAGAUUGUUGAGUCCAAGAAGUCGUUCAUAGAGCGAAAACGACAAUUAGAUUCCAAAGAGGGUACUUCCUGGAAUUAUGAUGAUGCUGGAAAAUAUCUUGGACAGCCACCAAAAAGAAAGAAGUCUGCAAAAAAUUCAGGAUGUAGUGAAACUUCAUCAUCUUUGGUACAGCCCAAAGGUAUUCAGCACCACGAAGAUAAUGUACCUACUUUAAGAGAUCGAAGAGCUAAGACUUCCUUAGAGAAAGUUAUUAGUCCUAAGUUACAAAAGAAAAAUAAUUUGUGUAACAGUCAGUCGACUCUCUCAGAAAAUGGAGAGGCUUUCCAAUCUCCCGCGAAUGAUGUGAUGGACACAACAAAUUGUGAAGAAAUGUCUAUGUCUUUUACAUGUGUCACUGUAACGAGAUUACCUAUUGUCUUGUCUACUAAUCAAGCUGAGACCAGUCCAGAAAGUGCUCAACAAUCACCCCAAUUAUCUGAGCAGCAACAACACUCUGGUUUGAGUGGUGAGUUUAAGAGGUCCUCACCAUCAGAAGAAGAAAGCAGCCUUUCACAGAACAUGAAAAGAAUGGGGGAACAAUCAUCAAAUGCAACAAAGGCAAAGAUGAGAAGUGCUAAGUCUCAAAAAAGUUUGGAAGGGGCAAGUUCAAGUUCAAACCCAUCGUCCUCCUCUGACCCAAUCUUCCCUCAUGAAAGAGGUCCUGAAGAGGGAAACCAACCAGAAAUGGAGGCACAAUCAUCAAAUGCAUCAAAGCCAAAAAAAAGAAGUGCGAAACCUCAAAAGACCUCAGAAGGAUCACAUGCUAGUGCAAAUUCAUCGUCCGCCACUUCUGAUGGCUCAGAACAUGAUGCAUUCAUAGCCGGGCGAGAUGUAGCUGUUAAUCUUGAGAAGACCUGUGGAACAGUGCAUCAAGACAGGAAACAAUCUCAAGAUUCCAAACUCAGUUGUGGCCCACUAGAUGUCAUAGGAAGAAGUCCUAAGAAGACAGUACUUUUAGAAGCUGCUUCAAAUGAUAUUCCUCAAGUGGAUCUUGAUGAUGAUUCAAGCUCCAGUGUCGGCCCAGACAUAAGUUCUAAACGCCCCCGGCCAUUGGGCAGCUUUAGUGACUCGUCAUACUCAGAUGUUGUUGUGUCUAAAAAACAGAAACAGAAGAAAAAGAAAAUUCAGGUGCUAUCUGACAACGAGAAUAGUUGUAGCACUCAUAAUGAUGAUGCUGAUACUAGCAUUGUAGACACGUCUAAAAUAAUGCCAAAUAUUGAAGCCCGGCUUGCAGAAGAGGAAAGGAUGCAAUCGGCAGGGUGGUUAAAUGAAAUGGUGAACACAGAACCAGUGAGUGAAACAUUUGAAGACUCCUGGGAUGUUUUGUCCAACACAUCAAAAAACCAAACUGACAGUGAUGGUGAUUCUGAAGUCAUAAACCCCACUCCUCAGAAGCAAUUUUCAUUUACUUUGAGGCAAACAACUCAAUCAGAUGAUAUUGUCCCAAGUUCGCAGCCUCCAAUUCCCACAAUUCCCAGCCAUAGACUUGUACCCCCUUUACUUGGAGACAACCACAAAGACUCAAUAGGAAGCAAACCUAACGACUUGCCUCAAGAAGACCUGCUUGAGUCACUGGGUAACCAGAGAAAUACUUGUGAGGAUGUUCAAAUAGUGGAAAACCGUGAGUCUUCCCAAGCACCAGUGACUGAAGAUGCCUCUGAGACAAACCUUUUCUCUGAUCCCGUAGAAGUUACAGAGACCAGAAACGGAGAGCAUGCAGAAGAUGCACUUAAAACCACUAAGCUUCAAUUUGUCUGUAGCAGUCUUCCUAAGAAUUUAGUUGCACAGGUCAAAAAGCUUGCAAAUAUUGUUAAAGCUGAAUUUUCUUCCAAAUUCACGUCUGAUACAUCUCAUCUCAUUGUUGGAGUGGAUGAAAAUAAUAGGGCUGACAAAACCUUGAAAUACCUUUGUGCUGUUGCUGCUGGAAAAUGGGUUGUCUCCCCUGCAUGGGUGGAGAAAUGCUUAGAAGCCAAGAAACUUUUACCAGAGGAACCUUUUGAAGCUCUAGAUACCACAGGUGAGCCAGGCCCUCAACUUUCGCGAGAGUCUCGCCUCUCCAAGAAGAAUCUGUUCAGUGGCUUUGAGUUCUGUUGCAUUGGUGAAUUUCCAAAUAUAUCAAGAGCUCAAAUGCAGGCUUUAUUAAUUGAUUGUGGCGCCUCCAUCGUAAGCAAGCCAAGCAGCUUCUCUUUUGAGGAACGUGUUAUACCAGUAGCACUCGCUCAAUGGGACGAAUCCAAAGAAGCAGAAUAUAAAACCUGGCCGGGAGACUGCCGCGCUCCUCUUGUUCAUUAUGAGUGGGUUUUGGACUGCAUUGGAAAAUUUUCUGUAACAUCUUUCUCAGCGAUGCUGCUAAGUGAUGUCUCUGAAGACUACUAUGUGUCCAUGGGUAUUCCAUCGUUUCCUGUUUGAGUUAACUGAAUCCCAGCAGCGAUCUACUACAGCAAAUAAUUUGGAGUCUGCAACAAAUCUGUAAUUUUAUUUUAUUAUAGGUUUCUAGCCUUGUUUGAUUUUCUGUUGUAAUUCAUUUCUACCUUGGGAGAGAUGUUUUCUUGUCAUAAGGUAAAAUCCUUUUUAUCUUUAAUUUAAUAAAUUGUAUUGUGUUGUAUUGUA